CUUCGCUGGGGGCGCUCUACCCUCGGUUCGCGCUCGCGUCUAUGGCGCGGGAGGCCGCCAGGGCGCGGUCACGUGCGGCGGAGCGGGCAGCGGGCAGCGGGCGCGGCAUGAAGCCGGGCGGCGGGGCGGUCGUGCCCCAGUUCCUCAGCAAGAUCUGGGCGCUGGUGGAGGAUCCCCAAACCAACGAGUUCAUCUGCUGGAGCGCGGACGGGCAGAGCUUCAACGUGCUGGACGAGGAGAGCUUCGCUAAGAAGAUCCUCCCCAAGCACUUCAAGCACAACAACAUGGCGAGCUUCGUGAGGCAGCUCAACUCCUAUGGCUUUCAUAAAGUUAUGCAAUAUGAAUCAGGCUCAGCUAAGCAAGAACAAUAUGGUUCUGGAAAAUAUCAACAUCCUUUUUUCAGAAAAGGCCAAGAAGAGUUGUUGUCAAGGAUAAAGAGGAAAGUGCCUUUACCUCGUAUAGAAAAUGGUAAGAUUGAUCCAGAGGAGAUCCACAAAAUGUUAGCAAUUAUUCAUCAGGUGCAAGGAAAACAGGAUGUAAUAGAUUCUACGCUUGAAUCAUUAAAACGGGAAAACAAAGCCCUUUGGAAGGAAGUUCUUGAUCUUAAACGGAAGCAAAUCCAGCAUCGACAGCUCUAUGAGGCAAAUGUUGCAUCACAGUGUUAUAACCAAACUAUGGGCCUGCCACAAAAACAGCCCCUUAUGAUAGAUAGCACAAGAGACUACAAUCAACAGUCUGCUCAAGAACUAGUUGACCAGAGCCAGACUGCAGAAAAUCAGUGUGAUAGGACAGGAAGUAGAAACAAGUCUGAAGUUAGCAUCAAUGACCUUGAAGGAGAUCAACUAAGAGUUCAAGCAGACACAUCUCGGAUGUGGACAAGGGUGGCUGAAAACAGCUGCUCAAAAAACUUUUGUAUCAGUGGCACAAGCCUAGACUCCAUCAAGAAAGAAGAAGGCAGAACUGAUGCUGCUUCUGACUUCGUCUGGAUCAGCAAGGCAGACAUUAAGUUGGAACCCUUUGACACUUCAGUGAGUGUUGUAUCCAGGCUUGGAUCCUCUUUGGCAGAAUGCUCAGGAAAAAUACAUCCAUCUGAUACAGACUGGGUACUCGAACAUCACAAUAGAAGUUGUGAAAUUCAAGAACAUUUAGAAUCUGCACAAGCAACAGACAACAGUGGAUUAGAUACAGAAGCAGAAGAUUACAAUUCUACCUGUUCAGAUUCAGGGCAUAUUGAGAAGAGAAGGAAAAUGAAUCACUUUGGAAUCCAAAAAACUGAGCAGCACUUGUAUCAGAUGCACAAUGACAGCAUAAAACUAACUGAAGGAGUAUUGGCUUUGGAAGAAAAGUCUCUUCGGAAGCUCUCUGAAAUUUCAUCUAUCUUGUCUACUCUAGCCAGUUACAUCAUGAACACAGAGAAAUCUCAAAGGCUGUCCCAACUUCAAGGAGAAUUAACUGAAAGCUAGGCCUCUUAGGGCCACUUUUAAUUUAAGGAGAUCCUAAUAUGUGCAGAGUUCGGACUCCUAGGAAGGAACAGUCUUUCAGAUAUUUAAAUGGCAUAAUACCUUUCUUUCUUUCUUUAAGGUAGCAGAUAUGCUUCAAACUUGACUGAAGUGCUGUGCACAGCAUUUGAUACUAUAAGCAUUCCAGGAUGGUUUACCUGUGGUCUUCCAUGCUUGUUCCAGAGGCAGUAUACAUGCAAGCUCUGUGACUCAUUUGUCUUUUGCCUUCAUAGUGAUUGAUAUAGACAAAUCAAUAAAGAUAAUUGGAUUUGAAAUGCAAA